AUGGUACAAAACCAUGAGUACCUCAAUAUAAUGUCUAUUAACAUCAGAUCCAUAAGGAAGAAAAGAAAUGUUGUCCUGCAUCUCCUGAAUGAAAAUAAGAUUAACUUGGUAAUAAUCACUGAACACUGGCUCAAUGAAGUAGAAACCAAAGACUUCACAUUAGAAGGCUUCUUAAAAGUAGCUUCCUAUUCUAGAAAAUCCACGUCAGGAGGUGGAGUUCUAAUAUUAAUGAGAGACUCUAUGCAUUGCAGUUUAUAUAGACCACCAGUAUCCACUGUCAAUGAAAUGGAAUUGUUCGAAGACAUCCUAAGUGAACUGCUAAUUGAAAGUAAUCCUCUUCAGUCUAAUGUAAUACUAGCUGGAGAUUUUAAUAUAAAAACUAUCCAUAAAUCUAUGAAGGUAAAUGCGUUUUGUGAUACUUUAAAUGGCUGUGGAUUAAAACUACUAUUUCAUUCCUACACUAGAAUAAACCUCAAGACCGGCAGAGGAUCUUGUAUCGAUAACAUAUGUACAAACUUUUAUCAUAAAGUAGUGAGUAAAAAUGUCAUAAGUACUAGUCAACUCUCAGAUCAUGAAGCUUUAAUAGCCACUUUUGAUGCAGGUAAAAAAUCUAAUAUUAUACCUGUAUAUAAAAGAAAAGUUAAUCAGGAAACUCUAAUGAACUUGAAUUAUGCCCUUCUAAAUGAAAAUUGGAAUGAUGUCUUACAAAUUAAUGACGUAAAUAUGGCAUUUGAUAUGUUUAUUGCUACAUUCAAAUUUUAUUUUGACGUAUAUUGUCCUAAUGUUAAAAUUCAACAAAAAACAAAUUCUCACAAUACUGUUAAGUGGGAUCCUCCAAAUGUGAUAGCCAUAAAAGAAGUAAUCUCUACUCUUCAAUCAAUUCUUUGUAAUGAACUGGAAAAUGACCUGAUUGACAGAAACUCUAUCAUUGAUAAUAUUAAAACCCAAAGAGAACAACUGUUGAAAGCACUGGACUCACAUUAUGAACAAAUUGCCUCUAAACUUGACAAUGUUGAUUUUAACCCUAAUUUAGUGUAUAGUUCUGACAAUUCAGUAUUUAUGAGCCCAACAAAUAUUGAUGAAGUGGAAAAAAUGAUCAAUGAACUUAGUAAUAAGAAAUCCUUUGGGGCUGAUGAAAUAUCAAACUACGUUGUCAAGAGUGUGAAAAAAGCCAUUCUGGUACCCCUUGUUCAUAUCAUUAACCAAUCAAUGGAUAAAGGAGUCUUUCCUACAGCACUAAAGAAAACUAUAGUUAAGCCUCUUUAUAAAAAAGGUCAAAAAACACUACCUGAGAAUUAUUGA